AAGCUGCCUUCGGUGGGGGGGGGGAAGUGGAUCGGGUUGUACGAUAACCGGGGGGAUUUGUUAAAGUAGAAAAGAAAUAAGCAGUAACACCCCAGUAUGGUUGUAAAAAUCACUAAGACAAACAAAUUAAACGUUUAAAGUAAAAACUGUGGAUUGGAUACAAAGACCCCCCUGCUAGGCAGAUUCCUCCGGGACAGAUUAUUAUAAAUGCUUAUAAAAAUAAUAUACACAUUUUAAAAGCAAGUGGAUCGGCGAUCGGAUGUAGCAGUGGUGCUCGUAGUGGUGAUACAGCUACGCGUUUUAUAUGUAUGUGUUGGUUGGGGGGGGUUACCAAAAAAAAAAAAAACCCGCACUGAGCAGGGACCGAAAACACGGGGGGCUUCGGGAAGACGGGACUGAAUCCGGGGGCUUGCUUGAUGAAUUAUGUCCGCCGCAAGCAUAGACCCUCAGGUCGGGGAAGGAGUGACUGUAACGUGAUGCACACCCGGAGCGAUCGGCUUGUUUACGUGUGUUAAUGUGUGUGUUCUUUGUACCGUGUUUUGCAUGGCGUCCUUCUUAAAACGACAAUGCAGAGACCAAAGGGACAAGCCUCCAAAGUGCAAAAUGGCUCAGUCCACCAGAAGGAAGCCUCACACGACGAUUUUGAACCGUAUCUUACCAGCCAAUCUGACCAGAGCAACAGCUAUCAGUCGAUGACCGAUCCGUACCUGUCCAGCUACUACGCCCCGUCCGUCGGGUUCCCCUACCCGCUCAGCGACGCCCCCUGGUCCACUGGUGGAGACCCACCUGUCCCCUACCUGACCCCCUACGGACCCCUCAGCAAUGGCGAUCACCAUUUUAUGCACGACACUGUUUUCGGGCAGCCAGGGGGGCUUGGCAGCAGUCUGUACCCCCACAGGUUUAACUUCUUCCCGGAGAGCCCCGCCUUCUCCGCCUGGGGCACCGGCGGCUCCCAGGGGCAGCAGACGGCAAGCUCUGCCUACGGCGGAAGCUACAGUUACCCGCCCAGCUCACUAGGGGGCACUCUGGUGGACGGACAGACGGGGUUCCACAGCGACACCUUGAACAAGGCGCCCGGGAUGAACAGUUUGGAGCAAGGCAUGGUGGGGCUGAAGAUCGGGGGCGACGUGGGCGGCUCGGCCAUCAAGGCUGUGGGCUCCGUCAUCGGGGGCUCGGUGCUGGGUAACGGGGGUCACACCGUCGGCCUGCCGCCGCCCAAACCCACGUCCUGGGCAUCUGUGGCCAGCAGGCCCGCCAAGCUCCAGCUCAAGACCAAGGUGAAGCCGGUUGGAGUCCUGCCCCCAGGGGCCAUCAAGCACAGCAUGGACAUCGGCACCUGGGACAGCAAGGGGCUGAUCAACAAGGUGGUCCCGCCCAUCCAGCCGGGCCCCCACCCUGUGCAGCAGUCCCCCCAGUCCAUGGUGCCUCCUCUGGCCAUGCCCCCCACUGCCUUGCCCCCCACUCAGCUACCCCUGCAGUCUUACCACAGCCAGGGCCUGCCCCCGCAAGCCCGCUGGGUGGCCCCCCGCAAACGCAACCUGGCAUAUGCCCAGGCCGGCAGCACCGAGAGCAGCAGCUCCUCCAGCGGCAGCAACGGCGGCCCCGUCCCCGGGGGCCUGGGGCCCGGCGGGGACCCCCACCCAGUGCUGGAGAAGCUGAGGGCCACCCACAGCUACAAUCCGAAGGACUUCGACUGGAACCUGAAGAUGGGCCGCGUGUUCAUCAUCAAGAGCUACUCGGAGGACGACAUCCACCGUUCCAUCAAGUACUCCAUCUGGUGCAGCACGGAGCACGGCAACAAGCGUCUGGACGGCGCCUACCGCUCGCUGGGCGCCAAGGGGCCGCUCUACCUGCUCUUCAGCGUCAACGGCAGCGGGCACUUCUGCGGCGUGGCCGAGAUGCGCUCGCCCGUGGACUACGGCACCAGCGCCGGCGUGUGGGCGCAGGACAAGUGGAAGGGCAAGUUCGACGUCAGCUGGGUGUUCGUCAAGGACGUGCCCAACAGCCAGCUGCGGCACAUCCGGCUGGAGAACAACGAGAACAAGCCGGUGACCAACUCGCGGGACACACAGGAGGUGCCGCUGGAGAAGGCCAAGCAGGUGCUGAAGAUCAUCGCCACCUACAAGCACACCACCUCCAUCUUUGAUGACUUUUCUCACUACGAGAAGCGGCAGGAGGAGGAGGGGGUGGUGCGCAAGGUAACUACACUUCCCAUGAAGCCUCAGCAGUAGGUCUCACUUUAACAAAUCUCCUGCCUUUCAACUUCUUGCACACAGUCUGCAAUAACUGCAACCCCACCCCCAUGUGGUCACAUCACUUAUAAUAAAGACCUCUUCCCACAACUCGUAUUAUUUAACUUGAGUUAAAGGUGCUCUUUUAUUUUUAUUAUAUUUAGGUUUUUUUUUUUUUUAAUAUUUCAGCAAGGUUGGAUUCAUUGGGGGGGGGGGGAUUAUUGUAUGUUCUGACACCUUUAUACCAGGAUCCUGGGGGAGCCUGUUCCAGGCCGCAAAGGGCAGUGUUUCCCAACCCAGUCCCUAGGGACCCUCGGACAGUGCACGUUUUUGUUGUCGCACAACUCGCAACGCACUCAUGCCAGGUAUUCGGUGUUCUUGAUUGGCUGGGAGCUGGGAGGGAGCAAAAAAAUGGACUGUCUGAGGGUCCCUAAGGACUGCGUUGGAAAUAACUGGCAUAUGGCCCCAGUCAGGGCACACUCAUGUACAGUCCAGUGACACUCGGUUAGCUCUGCUUCACAUUUUUUGAUUGGGGGUGUAAAGCUGUGUGAAAUGGGGAGGGUACGCCAACUCACCCGUACAGACAGGGGGUGUGAGGAUGCAGUAUGGCCAAAAAGAUUGUUAUAUGUAGAGUCUAACAUGGCACUAAACAGCUAUGGUUCUGUCCACGUCCCCUUUGAGAAAACUCCUAAGUCAAUUUCUGCCCCUUGUCUGGCACUGUCUGAACAAGUCCGUCCCAGGAGCUCCGAUAAAUUUAAGUUAAUUCACUGAUUAAAUAAAUUUCAAUCCAGAGCUGAACAGAACUUAGGAUAGAUUCACAUUCUGGCGCUCGGCUUUUUGUCUGAUAGUCCCAAUUUUCACCGCUUUUAACGGAGUUAUGCAGUGUAAAUGUGAUGGACAACGGCGGUUUCAGAAUUAGCGUGGUUCCGGUCGUUCGGGGGUUGUAGUGCGCUGGAGAAAUGUUUUUAAAAACCCGUUCACAUUUUGUUCUCUGGCUUUUUUUCUAUAGUCACUUAAAUAUCGCUGCUGGCGAGGGUACCCCAGCGCCACCUUACGUCGUCGUUUUUUUUUGAGCUGGGAGGGGGGGGCACAUUAAAAAUGCCUGUGAAAUGUUAUUUCUCGUCACCCCCGAGCCCGCUCCCCGUUCAGGACCAGCAGCGUCGGGAUCGGAAUCGGUGCCGCGCUCGUUGCGUUGGCCGGAAGCGCGCAGCGCGUCCCUGCGCUCGGCUUUUCGUUACUGCUUACCGAAAACAAGGCUCUUCGCAGAGUCAAGUGCAUUUUCUCCGCACAAAACUUCAUACAGACGGUGCCGUUAGAUGUAAUUUAUAUACUGUAAACUCGCGCGAUCCUUAAGGAUCCGAGGCCUUACGGACCUUGUAGUACGGAGUGCUGUCAGAAUUACAAUAGCUCGUGUACCCGGAGUGAGUGAAAAUGCAGUAAAUCUGCAGCCAACCUUGUUGAAAGUCUCUGAGAACCGCUCGUGGAGGACAAUGAUAAAAAUGGCGUUUUCACGACCCCCUCCCACCCCGUGCUCAUCUCCCAGCCAUGCCAAAAUCACGUCAAGCAAUAGAAGACUGUAUUGCUGACCAGAAUAAUGGUUACACUAGGACUUCUGUUCAGUUUUUAAAACGAGUAAUUUUUAUAUUUUUUUUCUUUUUUGUCAAUAUUUAAUAAAAUUUUGUUUGAAUGAGCUCUCUGCUCCUGGUUCCUCUCUUCUGCAGGGAUAAUGAGUGUAUGUGUAUGUUGGCUGCAGUAUUUUACCCUGUUUAUCUGACUGUAUGUGUUACCCCGCCCGCCGUCCUUUCUCUAAUUAAAUCAGGACCCAAUGGAAGCAGACAUUUUUCAAAUGUAUAUUUUGUUCAAAAUUACGUGUACUAUCCUUACUGUCCACUGGGUGGUGUAGUUUCCUUUUAGGGGGUUUGCGGUGCCUUACGGCUGAGGAUCCCAGGGGCAAUGAUAGGCUACAUGUUAACGAGACGCCGAGUCAAGAACUUUUAGUGUUUUAAAAAAAAAAAAUCGAAAUGUAUUUUGUUGUAUAUUAUUGUAAAAAUUAAAGUAUAUCCAGAAACUUUCUUUUUCUUUUUGGAAUAAUAUUGAGGGAAAUAAAGCUAUUCUUUGAUGUCUCUAAAGGGGGAUGUGCAGUCUCUCAGAGUAACAAUAAAAAGGUUAGAUGGACAAUCACCUCUGUGGUUCUGUCCGACUCUCAAUGGCAGUUCUGAUGUUCCCAUUAAAUUACGCCAUAUUGUCCAUGAAAAACCUAUAUUUGAGUAUACGAGGUGAUGGGGGUGUGGUGCAUUUUAUGCUCAAUAGACGUAAAUACAAAUAUUUUAAGACAAAAAUUGUGAUGUAAUUGCUGCAUUUGUGUGUGAAUCAUUUUGUCCUCAAAAUACAUUUUUUUGGGGGUCUUCAUUUUCGGGCUUUGUUUCUUUAUUUUUCUGGAAGCGUUUCCUUGGUCGCCCCCACAAAGCUUAGCUUUAAUGCAGGAGCAAGUGUUCAUGGGAGAUGGAGUGCAAACAGAGGUUCACUUUGGUGAUUUACUUUUGAAAUGAAGGUUAAAAAAAAAAAAAAAGGACUGGGCGAUUCAUGUGGAUUCUUCAGAAACAGUAUUUGUAAAUGCCGUUCUCAUUCGGGAAUGAGGGAACCUUUGACUUGUUGAAUAAAAGAAACGGAAAUGGAAAUUAAGAAAAUCGCUGGGUUUCUGCAGCGGAAACUGAAGUGAUUCCCUGGCUGGUGGGCUGUAAGUGGAGCGUGUCACUUAGUAGAUGUGGGCCUGUAAUUCUGUUCCUGUCCUUGCAUUCAGCCAGAUGACAGCUGGUAAUGUCAUGGCCAAUGAAUUGGAUUAAUACCCUACUGGAUGCACGUAACUCCCAGAGCAGGACGGUGGCCAGAGUCCUUGACCAAGGUGUUAACCUAAACGUGUUACAUAAGCUCUCUAGCCAUGCUAACAGCUGAGUGGUACCUUAACAACAAACACGCCCGCUUCCCAAUCUGCUGGGACGGACGCUAUGUCCAGCCCCAGCAGACAUUUGUUCCUGCCCCGAUUUCGAAAUGGCCUUCGGAUGAUGAUGUGUUCUGCCGUUCACGCAGGAGUAUCUGCUUUCAGUGCCUAUCAAUCUGUCGGAUUCAUCCCGCGAAGCCCGAAGUGUUUCGUAAAUUAGCCGCUCCCCUCAUUUAGCCUUUUUCCUGUGUUCUCAUCACCUGAUUAUUAGUGUGUUGUUGUGCAGAUAAUUUGGAGUUUGCAUGGCGGUCGCCCCUUUGUUUUUACGGAUGGCCCCCACCCAUAGCGUUCUUCAUCACAUCCUAGCCUGCAUGUUCCUGAGAGUCCGAUGGAGGCUAUCGGGGGGGGGGAGAGAGAUCCUUGUCUUUGAGUGUAGAAGCAUGAAAUGCAGCCAAGGCCACUCACUCUGGUGGGGGAAUAAUAAAAAAAAUGCACGUGCUGAUCAUUUGGUGUUUGCCACGCUUUUUGGUUUCCAAAAAUAUUAACGAUGAAAGACCUUGGUUUAAUAAUAAUAUUGAUAAUAAUUCAUUAAACUAUGAUAUUUUAGCCUUUUAAUGAGGCCACUGUUGCUGUUAGUGGUUAAAAUGCCUGUAAGGGUUGAAAAAGCAUUAGAUUUUCAUUUUUUUCCCCCUGUUCAUUUAGAAGAAUUUAAGCCUUAAUAAAUGAAAUCUAUUUAGCAAA